GGUGGGGCAACCAUCCAAGGACUGGGGAAAAAAGAAGCGGAGAGUUUCAGUCAGUGCCAGUAGAAAAAAAAAAACCCAAAGAAAAACAAGCAGCGAACAAGCGUUAUACGGUCCGGAUUUUCAGGUAAAAAUGGCAUCAGGCAGUACCAGCAGUGAUGAGGAGAGAAGUCUGCGGGAGUGUGAGCUGUAUGUCCAGAAACACAACAUCCAGCAGCUUCUCAAGGACUGCAUUGUCCAGCUGUGCACGUCGAGACCAGAAAGGCCAAUGGCAUUUCUCAGAGAGCUCUUUGAGAGACUGGAGAAGGAGGAGGCCAAGCAAAUUCUGAUCCAGCAGAAGUCAAACUCUCGCUCGGACUCACGGGAGGAUGAGAUCUCUCCACCCCCACCCAUGAACCCUGUGGUGAAGGGGCGGCGGCGGCGUGGAGCCAUCAGUGCUGAGGUCUACACUGAAGAAGAUGCUGCCUCCUAUGUCCGAAAGGUUAUUCCUAAGGACUACAAGACAAUGGCUGCUCUGGCUAAAGCUAUUGAAAAGAAUGUUCUGUUUGCACAUCUUGAUGACAAUGAGAGGAGUGACAUAUUUGAUGCCAUGUUUUCUGUCACUUACAUUGCUGGCGAGAGAGUUAUACAGCAAGGUGAUGAAGGUGAUAACUUCUAUGUGAUCGACCAAGGUGAUAUGGAUGUGUAUGUAAACAACGAAUGGGUGACCAGUAUUGGAGAGGGUGGUAGUUUUGGAGAGCUCGCCUUGAUUUAUGGUACUCCCAGAGCAGCCACUGUGAAAGCAAAAACCAAUGUGAAACUAUGGGGCAUUGACAGAGACAGCUACAGGAGAAUAUUAAUGGGAAGUACCCUGAGAAAGAGGAAGAUGUAUGAAGAAUUCCUUACCAAAGUGUCAAUCUUAGAGUCUUUGGAUAAAUGGGAGCGCUUGACAGUGGCUGAUGCCCUGGAACCUGUACAGUUUGAGGAUGGGCAGAAGAUUGUGGUGCAGGGAGAACCUGGGGAUGAAUUCUUCAUUAUUCUAGAGGGAUCAGCUGCUGUGUUGCAGCGCAGGUCAGAGCAUGAAGAGUUUGUGGAGGUUGGAAGACUGGGGCCAUCGGAUUAUUUUGGUGAAAUCGCCCUGUUAAUGAAUCGUCCACGUGCUGCCACUGUUGUAGCUCGUGGCCCCUUGAAGUGUGUGAAGCUUGACCGACCUCGAUUUGAACGUGUCCUGGGUCCAUGUUCAGAUAUUCUCAAACGAAACAUCCAGCAAUACAACAGCUUUGUCUCGCUGUCUGUCUGAGGGUUUUUAGUCCACCCCGUCUCUUAAUGCAGGGUCCACAAAUGCAAUCUGCUUUGUUUUUCACAUUUACACCCACCUGUCCACCAGCAUCACUGCUUCCUUUGUCUGUCUGUCUGUUUGUCUUUAUAUGUACCCAGUGCAACGUCUUCUAUGCAUAAGCUUUGUGUCCUUUCUAUAAUGCAGCAUUUCUAGUAUUCUUUAAAAAAAAAAAUUGAUGAACGAGGUUUCCACUGUCACAUCAUGUGUGCAGAUAAGAAUCGUGUCAAAACUGUUUGACUGACUUUUCAAAGAUUGCAAUUGCUGUAUGAAGCUUCGUUAGCAAAGGUAGAAAUAGAACAAGAAUAACAGCAGAAAAUAUGAAAAUGUUGUGUUUCAAGGCUAAAAACCUUUACGAUCCUUUUGAAUACAAAAAAAUGCAGUUUUUUAGUAUUUUAAUAUUUGGCAUCUGUAACUGAAAAUAAGUGAUCUGCUGUAUUGCAUGUUUUGAUGGUUCAUUUCAAGAGUACUUAAAUAGUGUCACCAGUAGGACCUUGGUGAGAUUUCUGUUAUGUUUUUAAUAGUUGCAUAUAUAUUGGAUUUUAAGUUACCCUACUGGAUUUGUUGCACAGUUCCAGUGGUUUUAAAAAAAAAAACAAAAAAAAACCCGUAAACAAUGUUACUUUGCACCUGUUGGUUUUCAUGGCUGCAUUGCGCUUCAAUAUUGUAUUUCUGAAAUUUGAUCUGUCAAUUCUUUAGGCACGAAACUGAAAAUAUUUUUAAGCCUCCUAUUCUUUAAAAAAGAACUGCUAUACUAUAAUAUUUGUUUAUAGUAUUGGCCCUCUUAAAAAAAAAAAAAAAAAAAAAAAAGCACUUUGUGAUACGAUUCAAUUGGGGGGA